AUCGAGUGUACGAAACUAGCAAUCUCUCAACUAUGCUCGCUCACAGAUGUGAAAUGCAUGGACACCUGCACAAACCCAGAACUCGAGGCGAAAGAUUGCACCAUGUGUGGAACAGAAAUGUACACGACGCAGCGGAUAUCUGAUUUAAAAUGUGGACGCCCAAUCCGAGACCGCACUAAGGUGGUAUCUAUUGCUGGUGUGGUUGGGGGUGGUGUUGCAUUUUUGGCGUUCAUUUUGCGAAUGAUGGCAAGAUUGCCGUUUUUUAAUGGCGGCCCAUUUGGUAUGGACGAUGUGAUGAUAAUUGUAGCAAUGAUCUUCACUAUCCCCUUCACCGUUUUCUCGGUAUUCAUCGCAAACGCCGGCCUCGGGAAAGACAUAUGGCACGUUGAUUUCGAUGAUAUUACAAAAGUUCUUUACAUCUACUAUUGGGACGAGUGGAUUUACUUCUCGGCUAUCGUUCCGACAAAAAUGUCCCUUCACUUCUUUUAUCUUCGCAUUUUCCCAAAAAAGAGUUUCAGGAUAGCAAUAUAUAUCGUCAUGGGCAUCACUCUGGCAUACGGUAUCGUGUUCAUCCUCGUAUCCGUAUUCCAGUGCUCUCCUAUUAAAACUGCAUGGCUCCGGUGGGAUGGCACUGCGCCAGGCCACUGCAAUAAUAUCAACUUGCAGGGCUGGACAAGUGCGGCGAUCAAUAUUGUCUUGGACUUCGUUACGUUGGCUCUCCCUUUAAGAGAGUUAUCCCAAAUGGACCUCUGGCGCAAAAAGAAGAUCCACAUAUGUAUCAUGUUCAGUGUCGGUUCUUUCGUCACAAUCGUUAGCAUUCUCCACGGUCCAAUCACUACUCAAAUUUGCUAA